AUGUGGGCUGCGGCGGGGGAGGGCGUCAUCCUUGCGGUGUGUGUUUGUGUCUGGGCGGGCAAACCCGCCGGGGAUGCUGCCGCGCGUGCCAUGGCUUGCGUGCGUGCGUGCCCGCGUUCUCCGUCGUGUGUGUGGGCGCGUGUGCACGGUCACAGUGCUGCCAAUGGUGCGUUCCGCUGCUGCAGCGUAAAAGAACCAUCUUCGCCUCUUCCGCUGUUGUUGCUGAUGACGUCGCUGGGCCCAUUUGGCUCGUUUCGCCUCCUCCCACUCAAUCGCCUUGUUGGCCCCCCACUGCAUCGGUCUGCCGGUGCGCGUGUGCGCGCUGCCCCACCCCUCUCACGGCUGCGUCUCCUCGCGCGUGUCCUGCGCACGGGAUUGACUGCCGUUGCCCCGGCGCCGUCGUGUCUCUUUCUUUCUUUACUUCUUUCCUCUCUCCGCCGCGUAGCCUUGUAG